AUGUCAGCCGUUGAGUUCCAUGGGAGAAAUGAUGAACUUCAGAUUGGGACCAACCAAGGGUCGAUUCGAAUUAACGCAUUUUAUACACAAGGACAUGCUACUGAAGACAUCGAUCGGAUGUGCCUCCAAAACCUUCGUUGCCCAGACUCUCUAGCCGUGAAAACCCGCUUGAAGUUGGCCAAGGACAGAUUACUCUGUCAAUCAUUUGAGUGGGUUCUCCAGGACCCGCAAUACCGUACUUGGCGACAUGGGAAUAAUUUCUGUCUUCUCUGGAUCAAGGGUGGUGCUGGGAAAGGGAAAACAAUGAUGUUGAUCGGGCUUACAGAAGUACUCUCAAAGAGAUAUGAUACAUCUACUGUGGUGACAUAUUUCUUUUUCCGAAAUGCCGAUAGUGAACUGAACACCCUAGAGUCGGUCAUCAAAGCCUUGAUUCUAAGAUUGAUAAGCCAGCGAGUUGAACUGAAAGACUCUUUGCGAUGUCGAUGGGACCCUCAGAACGACCGUUUCAGCGAGGACGUUAGCUCAUGGCGAGGGUUGUGGGAUAUCCUUUGGGAGAUGUUAGACCAGUGUGAUUGCUUAAGGGUAUAUGUCAUUAUGGAUGCCCUUGAUGAGUGCCAAGAUAGCGGUAUGGUCAACUUCUUGAAACUCAUUAUCCGAAAUGGUCUUGAUCAGCCUACUAAAAUCAAAUGGCUCCUGACAAGCCGGCCAUUAGAAGCUGCAGAGCGCACAUUAUUAGCUGGACAUAAGCAAAUGCAAGUCAGUUUGGAGCUCAACCUCGAACAUAUCUCUCAAUCCGUGCAGACCUAUAUCUCCUACAAAGUUGAUGAGCUGAACCUUCGAAACAGAUACGGAGAGGUACUUAUGAGAAGAUUGAAAACUGAACUUUUUGCGAAAGCCGAGCGCACCUUUCUAUGGGUGAGUCUGGUAUGCAAGAGGCUUGAGGAUAUCUGCGUAGAUGAAGCCUUAGCCACUAUUCAAGAUUUACCACCUGGGCUAGACCUUUUUUACGAUCGAAUUUUGAAUCAGCUUUGCGAAGGCCAGCCAGAUGAAGUCCAUAAUUAUCUGCGGCUACUGAAGGCAAUGAUGCUCAUAUACCAACUUUUGAAAAUAGAAGAAGUUCCCAGUGUGACUGGUCUAUCCAGUGGAGAUGAUAUAAUCAAGUUAUUAGUUAAUCAUUAUGCAUCUUUCGUCAGAAUACAGGGAAACACCAUUGAAUUCGUCCAUCAAUCCGCUCGAGAUUAUCUAGCAGAGGAGAACGGAUUGGCCAUACUUGACUCGCAUGGUCACUAUGAAUAUUAUAAUAUUGUUAUUGGCUGUCUAUUUUACUUAAGUGAACAGCUAAAAGUCAAUCUUAUAGACCUACGACGACCUAAUGAUUCGACCAACAAGUUUGCAAAAUCACUGAAAAGCACGAGGAAAAGCGUUCUACUACUAUCUUAUCUUAACUAUGCAACAACAUUUUGGGUACAACAUCUCCAGAAAGUCCCACCAAGGGCUAUAUCGCAAAGCAGAGUUUUUGAGGAAGGGCCGGUUGGGAUAUUUCCAAAGACCAAGCUUUUGGAAUGGCUGGAAUGCUUCAGCCUAUUAGAUAGGCUCCCCAAAGCUAUUAAUUUGAUCAAAGCCCUACAUGAUAUGACCAAGGAGGAUUCUUCGGCUUUGGCACUUAUGCAAGACGCUACACGUUUUCUGCUACGGCAUUACUAUAAUAUGGCUCGUUGGCCGUUACAGGUCUAUAGCUCUGCUCUUAUCUUCAGUCCUGAAACAUGUAUUGUGAGGUUAAGAAACCUGGACAAAAUUCCACAAUAUUUCCAAAGUUUUCCAAAGACUGAGAGCACCUGGACUUCUCUCAUACAGACACUAGAAGGCCACUCAGGCUGGGUCCAGACUGUGGCGUUUUCUCCAGAUGGCAAGCAGAUCGCGUCAGGGUCUAGUGAUAACACCAUCAAGCUUUGGGAUAUUGUAAAGUCUCACAAAACCUCAAAAUUUCUGGGCCGUCGUUUGGGUAGUCGUCUCAAGCUCCGACCACAAAGACAAAUCGAAACAUCGGGGCCGGUGUUCAACCUCAAAUUCUCUGAAGAUAAUCUAUACCUCAUCACAGGUACUGAACGAAUGAGGCUUAAAGAUGCUGUGAUAGAAGACCACAAAAACCGUCCACAUUCCUUACAGACUUUCAUUAUGAAAGAUCAGUGGAUAUUUUAUGGAGUGAUGCCAUUUCUUCGGCUAUCAUCAGAUAUACAGCUAGCAUGCUAUGAUUCGCGAGAUGAUAAAGUAGCUAUUGGAUUGACAAAUGGUCAAGUAUUAAGGUUUGAACUCGACCGAACUACUCUGCAUUCUAUGUUAGCGCCAUGGGCGGUCUAA